AUGCCUCCGGCGCAAAUACGACAGGACGGCGACAGUUCAAGCCCUGUCGCUGUCUCGGAUGAUACGAUAGCGGACGAGGGCGAGGACCCUCUGCUGGUGGGUGGCGACGACGAUGAUGAAGCAGCCCUUCCCCCAGGCAGGCGCCGCAAUGCUGCUGGACCAUCUCGGAGAGGCGGCGGCGGCGGCGGCGACGACAACGAGGACGACGACAACGAUGAUGACGAGGACGGCGGCGUCGAGGUCCAGGACUAUCGCGCGUUUGCUGCGUUUGUCGGAGCCAAUGUCAGCGGCGAUGCAAGCGUGUCGGCACCCUCUGCGACGCCCACGCCUGCUCGGAACCGCAAACCGCACAUCUCUUCGCAGACCAUCCGCAAGGGCGAAAAGGACUUUGAAGAACACGGCACACGCGCCCAGCGCGAUGCUCUCGAGCAGAGCCGCGCCGUCAUGGAGACGGUCCUGGCGCACACGCGCACGCACUACACGGCGGGCGGCGGUAAGAACGCUGGUAGCAACGACGUUGUGCGCGGCUGGUAUUUCCCCGAGGCCUGGCAGGACGAGCCGGAGGACGAGGCAGAUCACGAAGGGGGCCCGGCCGAGCGCAACAGGGACCAUGAAGACAACGAGGCCGGCGAGGACAAUGAGGCCGGCGAGACCCGCCGCCGCUUUGCACACACGCGCCACCGCGUCGUCAUGGUCGAGAUCCACCGAGGGCCCAUGUUUGCGUCGGUCGGUGCCGUCCCGGGCAAGCCCAAAUGGAUUCCGACCUUGCCCAAGGACCAGCAGCCAACACCACGACCUGGGUACGACCGCGUGUGGCUACUGCCCGAAGAGGCCCUGUUCCUGGUGGAGCGUGGGACCAUGGAGCUGUGGUGGCCGCUGAGGGAGAUGGAGGCGAUUUUGGGCCUGCGCGGCGGCCGCGGCGACACCGACACCGACGCCGACGAAGAGCACGGCAUCCCGCUCAGUCUGCAGGCGGCAUACGCCCUCCUCAUCGGGCCGGACGACGAUCCCCAGCACGGCCGCAUCCCGCUGCCGACCUACCAAGUCUACACGCACCUCCGCCGGUCCGGCUACCAGGUGCUGCGGGCCGUCAAGACAAAUCCCCAGACUCCACUGGACGCACCAACAGAGCCACCAGUAUCGCCAGGUCCACCAACCCCGACGAGCCUGUGGCAAUGGCUGUUUUCUCUACUGUCGCCAAGCUCUCCCUCGUCGACCAUUGCGUCGUUUCCUUUGCGAGAGCAUGCCCCUCGCGGGGCGCUGGUUCAGCCCGGCCUCUACCGGUCAUAUCGACCGAUCUAUGCGCAGUUGCGCCUCAUACGGCCACAUCGAUACGGUGCACGUCCUCCGGCAGAGGACGUGUCGCAGCGGCCCAAAAACCCGUUCCGCGUCGUCUUUCACGUCUGGAAGUCCGGCACGUCGACGACCUCGUCAUCCAAGUCAUUUUCCAAGAUUCGGCCCCCGCCGCCCGACUUUUACAUGGCCGUGGCCGACGCGCACGCCACGGGCGUGCCCACACUAGAGCAGGUCUCGGAGCUGCUGGCCUCUGUGCCUCCCUUGCCCGCCACGGCACAUCUGAGUAAGAGGAGCCGGCUGGCGGCGCAGUCCGCCACCACUGCGGCCGAACCGGCACCGUCGUCGACGCCCUCCAAGCAAUCCUCUGCCUCCCCCCCCUUGCCUACCAUCUACCGCCGCCUCAAGCUGGGCCGCCGCUGCGUCCUCGUGGCCGUGGUCGACCACGGCCUCGUCAACUACAUGCGCUUCUCCGACACCACGUUCAGCACAGACCCGCUGUGGCCACGCUUCGAUGCUGUGGCGGCGGGGCGGUUUUCUGCCGGCAACGGCAGAGGCGCCCGGGACGACGGCGGCAGCAAGGGCAAGGCGGGUGGCGGCAAGAACCAAAAGAAGAAGAAGAAGAAUGGCGAUGCUAAGAGUGCCGCCGGCCAAGAUUCUGUCACAGAGGGAAAAGGCGACAACAACAGCAACAAGAGGAACGAAGCAAAAGAGCCAAGCCCAGAGUUGUGA